AUGAGUGCUCCUGAAGCUGAAACGUUUGCCUUUUCGGCUGACAUUAACCAGCUGCUGAGCUUAAUUAUCAACACUUUCUACUCUAACAAGGACAUCUUCCUUCGUGAGCUCAUCUCAAAUGCUUCAGAUGCUCUUGACAAGAUCCGUUACUCUUCACUCACAGACGCAAGCGUAUUAGAUACUGACAAGAAUCUUGAAAUCAAGGUCAUUCCGGACAAGGCCAACGGCACAUUGACAAUCCAGGACUCAGGUAUCGGCAUGACAAAGGCUGACUUGAUUAACAACCUUGGUACGAUUGCCAAGUCCGGUACUAAGGCGUUUAUGGAGGCAUUGGCCGCCGGCGCUGACAUCAGUAUGAUCGGUCAGUUCGGUGUGGGUUUCUACUCAGCUUAUCUCGUCGCGGACCAGGUGGUUGUCCACUCGAAACACAACGACGAUGAGCAGUAUGUAUGGGAGUCUGCUGCCGGUGGCUCGUUCACAGUGACACCUGACA